UUGUGACAGCUCUAGACAUGCUAUGAUUACCGUUGACGCAUUUAUGUUAAUGACCAUUUUCUCCAAGGUUUUGAUCAUUGUGGCUAAUGUCAAUCUGAAAAAUAAGUACAGAAAAAUGUCUCCGAAAACAAAUUUCCUCGGGAUUGUGUUCGUUUCUUGCAUCAGAUAUGCGACGAUGAUGUUUCCUCACAUGAAUAUGGGACAUUCCGCUGUGCCAAUAGAGGUUAAAUCUGUUGAUGUGACAACGUCAUUGUCCGGAUGUACAAAUGUUAGUGUGUCAUUUACUGCGAUGGAAAACGUAACAGCUUUGUGGACUGUGAAUGAAGGUUUCUUACCAAGAGAUUUAAAUGGACAGUCAACGACAAACGUUUAUAAGACUGGCAAAGGAAAGGUAGCCUCUAUAUGUUUACCAACAGAUAUGAAAUUUGACUCUAUCCGACUUCAUUUGAUUUGUGAGAUGCAUUCGUUUGAAUUACACCUAAGUCUGCAAGUUUCACAUAAUAUGACAAGUACCCAGGAGAAUGUGAAGCAGUAUGUUCUGAUGGUUCCUCAGAGCAAUGAAAUUGGAAUAAGUUCUCGUGGUGAAGCGAGAUUCCACGUAAUGGUUGACACUUCCGGUACGAAAUUUUCAUUUGGGAUGCUUCAGGCGGAAGCUACAUUACUGUAUGGUACAAUAGCUCUGCAUGACUCUGCAUUUUCAUUUCUGCCAGACAACAAAAACAAGAUGUUGAGACUGCGAAAGAUUGCUGAAACUGGAACUGAAUACCAUACCGACGUCGUGAUAAAGUCUGCCAAUUUACAGAAGAGUAAAACAAUGAUUUCCGUAUCUGUUGCGUGCAGUCAACCUCAAAGCAUUGUUCAAAGACUCGACAUGAAACACGUGACUUACCUCAAGAGGAACCAAGUCGGCUUUUCUGCGAGCCAAAAGCACCCUGUUGCGGUUUUAGGAGAACAAAAACAAGAAUUGUUAAAUGUAGCAAAAAAUGGUAAUGUUUUACUCAGAUGCAGGGCCUUCGGGUUCCCACGACCGAACAUUACACUUCACAAAAAAGAAGGCAAUAAAAUCCGUUCUCACACCGUUCCGUCAUAUACAACAUCUCUUGAAUUUGAGAAGACUACGGUUUUUCAAAUACUGAAUGCAACUGCGUCAGAUUCUGGACAUUAUAUCUGCAAAACUUCAAACGGGUUGUCGUCUGCUGAGAAGACAUAUACGGUGAAAGUUCAAUAACAUUUCUGUUUGCAGAAAAAAUAUAAAUCCAUCGAAAAGGAAGCGAUUAUCAUGACCAGUGUUACUUCAGUUCAUGUAAAAUACUUGUGUAUUAAUUUUGUUUAUUCUAAUGUUGACAAGAAAUACAAAUAAUUUUCCCCUCGG